CUUUUCCGCACUUGCCUCGAGUUGGUGACUCUAAACGACAUGGGUUUAUCCUCUCCGGCACAUAGUUAACCUAUCUCCCAAAUUCAAUGUUCCAGGGUAGCGGCCUUUUCCGCUAUGCUGAGGAGCCCGGCCCAGGAUGACACGCCCAAUAGUGGGAAUCGCAUCCCUAGCCGCCCUCCCAGCCCGGGCCCGGCUGCCACCGAGCCCGUGGCGUAGCGGCCUGUGGUCCGCGGCGAAAUGCGGCCCCAACAGCCGCCGUCCCACCAGAGCAGCAACGGCAGGCAGAACAAGCCGACCCGGCGACGGCGGCGGCAGGCGGUCGCUGCACCUCGCGCCGCCCUUCCUCCUCGACGAACCCUACGUCCCGCGGUACGCGCGGCUGUCCGCCCCGGAGGCGGCCCGCAAGGGCGCGCAGGCGGCGGCGCACCUGCGCGAGUGCAACCUCUGCCCGCGGCGGUGCGGCGUCGACCGGCGCGCGACGCCCGGCAUGUGCGGCGUGGGCGAGCUCGCCAAGGUCAACGUGGUGGCGCCGCACUUUGGCGAGGAGCCGUGCCUGCAGGGCACCAACGGCAGCGGCAGCAUCUUCUUCAGCAUGUGCAACCUCCGGUGCGCCUUUUGCCAGAACCACGACAUCGCGCACUCGCCCAGGGGCCACGACCUGACGCCCGGGGAGCUGGCGGCCUGGUUCGUCAAGCUGCAGGACGUCGGGGGCGUGCACAACGUCAACCUGGUGACGCCCGAGCACGUGGUGCCGCAGGUGGCGCUGGCGGUGCUGGCGGCCGCCGGCAUGGGCCUGCGGGUGCCCGUCGUCUACAACACGUCGGCGUACGACUCGGCCGCGUCGCUCGAGCUGCUCGACGGCCUCGUCGACGUCUACCUGCCCGACUUCAAGCUCUGGUCGCCCGAGCAGUCGCGCCGCCUGCUCAAGGCCGCAGACUACCCCGAGACGGCCCGCGCCAGCAUCCGGGAGAUGCACCGCCAGGUCGGCGACCUGUGCUUCACGCCGGACGGCAUCGCCCAGUCCGGCCUGCUGGUGCGCCACCUCGUCAUGCCGGGGCUCGAGGCCGAGUCGGCCCGGAUUAUGAGCUGGAUCGCCGACGAGAUCUCGAGGGACACGUUCGUCCAUAUCAUGGACCAGUACAGGCCGGCCGCCAACGUCGGCAAGGCCAAGAGAAGCAGGCCUGCCACCGCCGCUCCUUCGGCAGAAACCGGGGGCCAAACCGCCCUUGCGCCGUCUGCGACCGAGGGCCCAGGAGACGGCAAGCCCGAGCCGGGAGAGGUGCGGUAUGCUGAUAUCAACCGAGCUAUCACGGAAGCCGAGCUGUCGUCGGUGCGAAAGGCCGCCGAGGACGCAGGCCUGUGGCGCUUCUGUGAUCCUCCCCGUCACGGCGGGUUCCAUUUGUGAAAGACGUAUCUGCCGCCGGUCAAGCGCGCCCAAGGCGUUAUGCAAAAUGUACCUAGGUAUAAUGAUUGCUCGACUGGACUCGGACGCGCGGGAUGCAUUGCUCUUCAACAAAGGCUACAUCGCAAGUCACAAAAUCAGGUCUUAUUUAGUGUUUAUAUGUAUUCUUAUUCAUCGCUCUCUUUAUUCUCACGUUUUCCCUUGGCCACUGAGCCCCUUUUCUAGAGACCGAUAAAACAUGAAUUUGCAGAA